AUGACUGGACGGAGCUCGCUGCUGCUGCUGGCCGUGCUGGCCGUCGCCGCGCUGCAGCACAUGGCGGCCGCGGCCGUGGACGGCGUGAUCAUCGUGCGCGGCAACAAGCUCUACAACGCCAAGACGGGCGAGCGCUUCUUCAUCAAAGGGCUGACCUACGAGUACGCCGUGAGCGACGACUACUACGACAAGUACUCGAAGGCCGCCAUCGAGGAAAACCUCUCGGGGCUCAAGUACAACACGCUGCGUCUGUACAACAUCAACCCGACGUCCUCGUACAAGAAAUUCAUGACUGACAUGGCGGCGCUCGGCGUGUACGUGCUGGUGUCGGCCUCGCCCGAUAACGACGCCUACUACGGCAAGUAUCGCUACUCGACCAUCACCAAGAAGCUCAGCUGCUCGGGUAAGGUGUCGUCCGGCGACGGCGCCAAGACGGUGGACCAGACGGAGACCUGCUACCCAGCGCUGCUGCUGGAGUACGGCAAGAAGAUCAUCCAGAACUUUGCGCAAUACGACAACACACUGGGCGUUGUCGUGGCAAACGAAAUCAUGCAGGCAGACCUGACCGCUGGCUCCUGUGUGAAGGCCUACGUGGCGGACUUAAAGAACUGGAUGACGGUCAACGGCAAGAAGAUUCGUAUUCUGCCGCUUGCCUACGCCGCUGCCGACAGUAGUAACGAUGAGAUUUCCAACGCCGACGACUACCACGUGAUGAAGGUCCAGGGACUUCUCUGCGGAGACAAGAUGACCAACGGAAUGAUGACGGAGAGUAUCGAUAUCUACCUGAUUAACGAAUACCGUUGGUGCCCGGACUCGACGUUCGCGGAGGCGUACCAGCGUUACAUUAACAUGGCCCAGGGCAUUCCCAUCGUCGUGGCCUUUGGCGAGUACGGCUGCAAAACGUCUUCAGCAACUCCACGUGACUGGAAAAUGGUUCCCUAUAUGUACCAAGAGCCUUCGAAGACAGAGGAGUUUACCGCGGUUUGGUCAGGAGGUCUCGCAUACUCGUAUGGUGAAGCCAAACUUGCGACGGACUCGCUUUUCCCGAUGUUCAAAGGUGGCAGCACUGAUUUCUUGAGCACGCCCAGUUCGAAGGCCACGACGGAUUACACGAACCUCAAGGCUAUGUUUGCAAAGUACUCAGGGUACACGGACGAUGCCGAGUGGACUGACAGCACCAACAGUUGCUCGGCCAGUUACCUGAAAAUCUCUAGCUCAGAUUCGUGGACGUGCUCCAGCCGUGAAGGCGUUGUCUGCACGGACGACGGUGAUACAUGUGAUGUCACGUUGAGCAGCAGCGUCGGUACGACGCAGGAGGACAUUUGCGGCACCUACGAGGUUACAAGUGGCGGCGGGACUUGCGAGAGCACGUCCGACUGCGGUGGCAACGGCCAGUGCAAGGAGUCGAACGGUACCAAGUCCUGCAGCUGCUUGGCUUGUUACACGGGUGCCGACUGCAGCGUUAAGGAUAUUAGCUCGUGCGCGACGCUGAGCAGUUCGGAGUCGGCACCCGGGACGAUUUUCGUGGGCGUCGGCGCGUUCCUGGCGGUAAUGGCGGUAGUCUUUAUCGCCCUCGGUGUUGCGGCGGCAAAGAAGAAAGCUGAAACGGACAGGUUGGCUCAGCAGGUGAAGGCUGGCGGCAACACUCAAGCUGCUCUGUAGAUGCGCUAGAUCCGCUAUAUUGUAGUGAGCUCAGCGACUACGAGAACUGCGCUUGCAUCCAUUGAAUAACACUUCCAUGAUAUGACACGAAUC